AUGAGCAAGAAACCUUCAGGUGCUGAAUUUAGAAAACGAAAGGCAGACAAAGAUAGAGAAAAGCAAAAGCAAACUGGUUCUUUUUUAAAGUAUUUGGAAGAAGAACAAAAGCCGAUUUCUUUGUAUAAUGAAACCAGCAACGCGGAGACAGAUGAUAUUUAUAUUGAAAGUGAACAGCUUGAACUUACUAAAAGAUCGAAUAUUACAAAAAUCGGAAAUCAGGAGACUGAAAUGAUAGUAAUAAAUAAAACACCGAAAAGUCAUAACGACUGUCAAGAAAGAAUUGCUACACAACAAAAUAAAAAUGAAUUAAAUUCCUUUAGUUUAAACGAUAUAAGCUCGUGGCCAAUAUCUUUAAACGAUGCAGUAAUUACAGAAUUAGUUGCAAAAGGCUCAAUUCAAAAUAAGGAAGGACCUUUUGCUCCAGCGAUAAGAAAUGGUACAGAAACUAAAGGUCAAAUAAGAACUAUGUCUAGUGCGUGGUUUUAUCGACAACUUGAUAAUGGUGAAAAAAUGCUUAGAACAUGGAUGGUACACUCUAUAGUUGAUGAAUCUUUAUACUGCUUUUGCUGUCGGCUAUUUGCUUCCAAAGAUUCAAAACACGUAAAAAGCGUUUUUGCAAAAGAUGGCUUUCGACAAUAG